AUGGAACUGCCUUCUCAUCUCAACCAGGAAAUUGCUGCCAAUGCAGAAGAUUCAGAAUGCCCCAUUCGGGAGCAAGACCGAUUCAUGCCAAUAGCCAACGUGGUCAGAAACAUGCACAAGAUCCUUCCUCCCAAUGCUAAGAUAGCCGACAAAUCCAAACGGGUCAUCCAAGAAUGUGUCUCUGAGUUCAUAAGCUUUGUAACAGGCGAAGCUAACGAUUGUUGCAAGCUUAAGCAGCGCAAGACAAUCACUGCUGAAGACUUGCUUUGGGCCAUGAACACGCUUGGUUUUGAUGACUAA